CGGCAGGCAGCUUUCCGCCCCCAGGCCUGGUGGCAUCCUGAAUCGGCCCUGGCCCUCAUUUUUAAAAAGGCCACCUCUGCGGCUAAUCUGGUGAAGAAAUACCGGGGAAAUUUAGUGGCUUAGAAUACUGGGUUUGCCCUGUCCAGAGCCCGCAGAAUUUUCUAGGCUGCCCACUCCCUGGAGACGAAGUGGGACCCGGGCGUGGGGGUGGGGGUAAUCCAUUGCCAGAUUCCCCUAGAGGCUCGCGGUCUUCGGCCCCUCCCUGUACCUCGAGAAGCAGGGCCCCUUAGUGGGUGGGAGAAGGUGUCUGGUUUGGGGUUCAUCUUUUAUUCCUGGCGAGUUGAACUAAGACAGGAACAGCUGGCCCUAAACUGUCAGAAUUUCCCCCCAAAGUGGGACACGCCACCCCAAACAGGCCCUGCAUUUGAAAUCCCCUAAAUUGGCCCUACAGCCCAAGCCCAACCGCCAUUCCGAGGCUGGUGGGAUCUAGAGGGUCAGGGGCCCUCUCUUAUAAGCCUGUAACUUCCAAGGGUCCCUCUGCUCCACCUUGCCCAGGGAGCGGUGGGGACAGCUCCUGGGCCGCAGCCGGGGGCCCGCGGAGUGGAGCCUACAUUGAGGAUGGGGAGAGCUAGCCGCGGGGUGUCAGCGUGCAGCGCCGAUAUCAUCUCUACCGUCGAGUUCAACCACACGGGGGAGCUGCUGGCCACCGGCGACAAGGGUGGCCGGGUCGUCAUCUUCCAGCGGGAACCGGAGAGUAAAAAUGCGCCGCACAGCCAGGGCGAGUAUGACGUCUACAGCACUUUCCAGAGCCACGAGCCGGAGUUCGACUAUCUCAAGAGUCUGGAGAUAGAGGAGAAGAUCAACAAGAUCAAGUGGCUCCCUCAGCAGAAUGCCGCCCACUCCCUGCUGUCCACCAACGAUAAAACUAUCAAACUAUGGAAGAUUACCGAACGUGAUAAGAGGCCCGAGGGUUAUAACCUGAAAGAUGAGGAGGGGAAGCUUAAAGACCUGUCCACGGUGACGUCACUGCAGGUGCCCGUGCUGAAGCCUAUGGAUCUGAUGGUGGAGGUGAGCCCCCGGAGGGUCUUCGCCAAUGGCCACACCUACCACAUCAACUCCAUCUCCGUCAACAGCGACUGCGAGACGUACAUGUCCGCGGACGACCUGCGCAUCAACCUCUGGCACCUGGCCAUCACCGACCGGAGCUUCAACAUCGUGGACAUCAAGCCGGCCAACAUGGAGGACCUGACGGAGGUGAUCACCGCGUCCGAGUUCCACCCGCACCACUGUAACCUCUUCGUCUACAGCAGCAGCAAGGGCUCCCUGCGCCUCUGCGACAUGCGUGCGGCCGCCCUGUGCGACAAGCACUCCAAACUAUUUGAAGAGCCCGAGGACCCCAGUAACCGCUCUUUCUUCUCGGAAAUUAUUUCCUCUGUGUCGGACGUGAAGUUCAGCCACAGCGGCCGGUACAUGCUCACCCGCGAUUACCUCACAGUCAAGGUCUGGGACCUGAACAUGGAGGCGCGGCCCAUAGAGACCUACCAGGUCCACGAUUACCUUCGGAGCAAGCUCUGUUCCCUGUAUGAGAACGACUGCAUUUUUGACAAGUUCGAAUGCGCCUGGAAUGGGAGCGACAGCGUCAUCAUGACCGGGGCCUACAACAACUUCUUCCGCAUGUUUGACCGGAACACCAAGCGGGAUGUGACCCUGGAGGCGUCGCGGGAGAGCAGCAAGCCCCGGGCAGUGCUCAAGCCGCGGCGCGUGUGCGUGGGCGGCAAGCGGAGGCGGGACGACAUCAGCGUGGACAGCUUGGACUUCACCAAAAAGAUCCUGCACACGGCCUGGCACCCGGCCGAGAACAUCAUCGCCAUCGCGGCCACCAACAACCUGUACAUCUUCCAGGACAAGGUGAACUCCGACAUGCACUAGGUGCCACACGGCCACGCGCGGAGCGGCCACCAGGAGGCGCCGGGCCGUCCGUCCAGCAUCCCGGGGCCGGACCGCCUUUGCUGGUGAUUGUUUGAAAACAGGAAAAAGGAUUCACAGUAAACCGACGUGAUUGUCGGCCUUGAAGUUCAGUUCUUUCAUCCCGUACUUUAACCGCGUGCAGUCGUUCCCACCUUAUUAGGAUUUUUACCUCUGCGCGUUAAUUUUUCACUCCAGAGGUUCCUUUCUGGGGACGCGGGAGCCCCGGAGCCGUUUCUCUCGCGCGCGUCACUGGCCCCAGAUCAGGGCUCCGGGGACAGAGAACGAAGCUCAAACAAGCCAGCCAGGGAUUCUUUUGAAUGGAGCAAUUGCCACUGUUUCAGAGCCGAGGGUCUCACUGUUUUGCUUUUUGGAUCGUGAAUUCAUGCUGAGAAUUUGCAAGCUCUUUUAGGUUAUUUUAAUGUCUUUGAAUAUCCCAGGUCUGUUACAGUUUCUUGAGAGGAAGGGGAAUGGAAUCCCAUGUGUGUGCCUGUUCUUCACCAUAUAAACAACCCUUCGCGAGCAUCUGCCCCGUGCUGGGCAUAGUGCCAGCCCCCCAGGCCCAUGGGUCUGUCCCUGCAGCCGCCCUGUGGCUCUCCUGUCAUCCUGCAGCCGUCACUGACACCUCGUGGGAACUCGUACUGGCUCCCUCCAUGAUCUUUCUGAAUCUUCAUCACGACCCUGUGAACUGGGUGCCUAUUCAUUUCCUCCAUAAAUGCCAACUGCGCACUGAGUGCCAGGCUCUGUGCCAGGUGCCAGGGAUUAAAGGUGAAUAACUUGUCAUUCCCAUUGUGCAUACAAGAAAACUGAGGCCCAAGGCCUGCACCAACCAAGGGGGGAGUCAGGAAUCCCAUCCAGGCGCUCCCACAAGGCCCUUUAUAACCCACCACGUUGGUGGCUUAUGUUAAAGCAGCAUUCUAGCCUGGAAGCUUCUGGAAACAUCUCUUCAUCUUGUGAAGCAGGACAGAGCAGGUGGGACAAUGACGAGGGUCCGGGGAGAAUCGAGACACAGAAUGCAGAAGACCCCCGGGGUGCCCCUCACCUGUUGGGUAACGAGGAACUCCGCCCUCUCUCCACCCCACAUCUGUACCCCAGCUCCUUUUCCAGAUGCACUGAACUGCCUCCAAAAGAAAAUUGCAUGUUAUGACCAUUUUAGGAUAAAUUUUCUUUUAUGACCCUCAGUCCCAAAGGACACUUCCCCUCGGGCCGCAGAGAAUGCGGUAUUUCCAGGACAGUUCCUCCUGCUGUCAGGACCAGAUCGGCCCACCCACCCACCAGGCCCACUUGUCUUUGCCCUUGGAACUGGCAGCGGAACCACGUGGCUUGCAUUUUGAUUCAAAAAGCGGAGUUUAGAGGCCCAACCGAAUCCGACAUUUUUUUUUUUACAAGAUGUAACCUAACCCAGGAAAUAGGCCCAACCCGAGAUUUUUCUCAACAGAUAAUGGUCUACUUUUGUGUGUGUCAAAGCACAGAACGCAUGUGCACUCACUUCCAGCCAUACGAUAAUUACACAAGGAAAUGGGUCCAUUGAUUUUUUUUUUUAAUCAACAUGAAUGAAGAAUGUUUGUUUAUAUAUCACUGUAAAAUCCACGUAACCUGGACAGUAUUAUAUGUACAUAUCUAUUCUAACUAAAGUUAACAAUCACAGGGAUGGAUUCCUCUUUUUCCCUUUGUAAAGAGGUUCAAAAUGUGGUAAAUUGUAUAGAAAUCUUGUUGAAGCCAAAAUCCAGCUCUGAGGGCCUUACACAAUUACUGGGGUAUUUGGUGUGAUCCAUUUCCCUUUCUGAUUCAGAUGCUGAGAGGAAAUUUGCAUUUGCAGAUAGAGGUUACUGUCAGAUCAUAGAUUUAACAUGGACCAUUUUACAAAGUGCAAAUCUGUAUUCAGAAGGAGGUCUUAAUACAGUUCCUGGUUCCUUACUCUGUUUUAAACUUUGGAUACCAAACCAGAAAGGAAAAAAAAAAAAAGGGAAAGAAAGAAAAAGAUCUCAGAAGAAAAA